CUUCUUUGAGAAACUAGCAACAACCAAAGUUUAGUUCUGUUUCUACUCUUGAGCAAUGAUGCAAAAAAUUGUCAUAAGAGUACAUCAUAACUGCAAGAAAUGUCAAUCAAAAGCCUUGAUGAUUGCUGCUAUGUCAACUGGAGUCAACUCGGUGGCACUAGAAGGGGAGAAGAAAGAUAAAGUGGUGAUAAUAGGAGAAGCAGUAGAUGCAGCAGGCAUUACCAGUUUAUUGAGGAAGAAGGUAGGCCACGCCAGCCUGGAGCUUGUCGAUGAAGUCAAGUGAAGAAGAA